AUGCGACGCAUGAGUCUCUACACCGAAGCUAUUGUCGAGGAUGGUUUUGGUGUUGGCAAUGCUGUUGGAAAAGCAUUGGCUCUCAUUGAACAGAUCUGCAAAUCACUGCAAGCUCAAGCAUUUUUCAAGAAAUCAUGUGAGGAAGAAGGUGUUGCUGUUCACAAGAUUUUGACAUGGGUGAGAACACACUGGGCAUCCUUAUUCAAGUGCCUCGAGCGCUUCUUGUCUCUUCGCCUGGCUGUCAACUGCUUCACUCUUCUGGCCAAUGAGAACCACAAAGUCCCCAAGCUGCGCAACAAGUCGUAUAGUGACUUCAAGCUUGAUAGAGCCGACUGGAGAAAGAUACGGCUAGUGUAUGAUGUCCUCAAGGAACCUGCUGUAGAAGAGGAAUGGGAAGUGGGGUAA